AUGACAGAUGCCUCGUCCAUGUCCCAUGGAGGAGAGAAAGGGCCCAUAGUUCUGGGAGUUACCUGGGCUGAAAUGGGACUUGCGACUAUCCUUAUUGUGCUUCGAGCGAAAACUGCGUCUGUUUCUCCUUCGCGACAAUUGGUGGCAGGCUUGUUUGGUCUGCGGUGGGAUUUUGUCUGGGUGAUAAUUGCUUUCGCCGUUGCUCUGGUGGCUCAGAGUACCAUGACAGUCAGCGUUUGGUACGGACUAGGAACACAUCAGAGCCUACUUUCUCCUCAUCGAAUUGUUCAGACGAAUUUUUGGAGCUGGAUUGGUCAAGUCACUGCUAUUUUGGAUCUUGUUAUUGCGCGUAUUGCUGUCAUCUCGUUUCUGUUGACUAUACAAAGUGGCACAUGGAGUCGAGGUAGAUAUCUUCUUUAUGCCGUUGGAGCGACGCAAGCGAUCAUUAAUAUCAUUGAAAUCGGACUGAUAUUCAAACAAUGCUCUCCAACCGCCAAGCUAUGGGACAAUAAUCUUCCAGGAACAUGCGAUGGAAUUGUCAUUUGCUCCCAAGUUGGGUAUGCCCAGGGAAGCAUUGGGGCUUUUUCCGACUUUCUUUUAGCCGCCUAUCCAGUGGUAAUUAUUGGAAGAGUUCAACUGAUGAAAUUUUCGACGAAAAUUGGCCUUUGCCUGAUCAUGGGAGGGGGGCUGAUAGCAGGGAUAGCCGGAAUCAACAAAACCAUCGCCAUUGCCUCGAUCUUACAAGCCGAAGACUUAACAUUCGCAAUCUACAGAUUGAACACAUGGGUGUUGACCGAGAUGUGGUUCAUUAUAAUUUUCGGUUCCAUCCCUACGCUCCGCCCAAUUUUCGUCAAGUUCACACAAGAUAUAAAGAGCGCUACCGGAAUCUCUUCGCGAAACACGGCAAAGAGUUCCAGCAGCCGUGGAUAUUUGAAUGACAGCCGGGAACGACGCCAGUCAUUGGUGCCACUGACCGACCUGGGCCCGCAACCUUGGAAUACCCCUGGUCUUGCAGAGACGAAUGUAUCCCAUGAAAUUGAAAGUACGGGGAAUACAAGAGAAGCGACUGAAGCGAUUGAGCCUAACAAUCAGCAGAUUGUUGUGACAAAAAAGACCACCGUUAUCUCAGAGGAGUAUUGA